AUGUGUCACAUCCAUGAUUAUGAGGUGGAUAGAGGCAAUCAACAUCCCCUAGGUCUCCUGCAGGUGAUGAUGGCUCUAACUCGUGAUGGCCAACUUUACCCUAAUCUCGCAAAAGAAAGGGAUAACAGAGUAUGUCGAUUUGCAUUACUUGGAGACCUUGCAACGGUUUGUCCAACUCAUUUGCGCCCUCGCCUAGCUGAGUCACUUGAGGUUGCUCCUAAGCAACUGGGCUUAAUAAGUCACUGA